UUUGCUGCCUGUCUUCUUCUUUGAAUGCAGCACACUGAGGCAACAGUGAUGGCAGGCACGGUUGCUUUGCCACUUCAAGAAUUUAUUGCAUCGCUGGACAAUGCCUGUCUGCCGAGAAUUCUGCAGGUUUGCUCUGGAGUGUAUUUCCAAGGUUCUAUAUAUGAAAUCUCUGGGAGUGAAGUGUGCUUUUCUACCGGGGACCUAAUAAAGGUGAUUAACACUGAGCUCCUAUCAGUUUGCUGUGAAGACAUCAGCAACAAUGAGAAAUUUGAGUUGCCUAUCAACCAUACAGGGUUAUUCAAGGUUGUUCCGGAGGAAAUGCCGUAUGGUACAGUAGAGGAGAUGGUGAGCCUAAGACCCAUAGGCCUGGAUUCCUGCCUUCCCUUCACUUUCACCAGCCGCUCCAAGAUAACCCUUGGUGACUUCAUACUGGGGACCGGGACGGCUUUGACUGUGCUCUGCGUUGAGAAGCAUGAGGGCGAAGAGGAUCAAGUGCGCUGCCACGUUAAAGGACUACAAGAAGCCUCAGCUGACGUGUGCAUCCCUCUUUCUUCCCGAGGGGAGUUUUAUGAGUGUGAGAGCGAGGAAUGCUUCACCCUGCAGGAAAUCAUGUCCUCGGCGUCCCUGCGUAGCCGAAGGUUUCGCUUCAACAACGCCAGCAAGUCUCAGCGGCCCCUAAUCCUCAGCCCAGUAUACCAGGUCCAGGCCAUCAUGAACAUGAGGAAGAAUGUGUUGAAGUUCCCAUCCAGCUUAGAGGUGGAUGUGGUUGAUGUCACAGACAUUUGUAAAGAUGUGGAUUUCGUGACACCCCUCAGCCUGACAGAGGUUGUAUCGCAGCCUGACGAAUCAUUUCCUGCAGUAGUGGAGGUACUAGAGGGCCCGGAGUCCCGCUCUGUGUUCAAGAGCGACUGGAUGACUGCACUCAGCAAGGCUGAGCACCUGAUUUUGCACAAGAAAGGAACCUCGGCCAUGAUUUUAUUAUCCAGCUUGAAGAGCCGGAAAGCGCAGCAGUACUUCUUGGUAUCUCAGCAAUACGGGGGACGAUUCCGGAGACGGCCUAGGGAGUUUAAUUCCGUGUAUGAGCUGUAUGUUGCUUCAAUCCAGGCACCGGGCCUGAAGGUCAGUGUAACGAGGAACUGUGAGGAGAUCGAAGAGGAAGGGCUGCCUACCCUAAGCGUGGGGGAGCAGCUGGAGGUUGUGACCUGCAGCAGGAUGGAGUUGCCUUGUGAAAGCAGCACGGGACAGAAGCAGUCCGUUGAGGCUCUUCUGUGUCAACGUCUUCAAGAACCAGACGAUGGGGACGACGAUGAUGAGGAGGAUGAGGACGACAAAGACAGGGUGAAAGUGGACGAUGAAAAAGAGGAGAUUUUUCUGCCCCUGUACAUGCAGGGUCACUUCUUGGAAAUACUCCGUGAUAACAAGAAGUACAAACUCAGGGACUUGGGUAAGGAGUUUAGUUUGCCACUGGAUGUUAAAGUGGUGAGCCGUGAUGGAGAACUGGAGAACGAUCCACUAGUUGGGUUUCCAUGUCUCAGAAUAGAGGGGGCUAUGUUGGAGCCCACCAUCCAGGCAAGCCUUUUGCACAAGCCAGACUAUUGUUUUGAGAUCCCGGCUAAGUGGCUCUCUAUGUCCGUCUCUUUUACUAAAGACCCCGUGCCAUGGCCCAAUGGUCAACCCCCAAAGUGCCACAUAAACAGGGUGACCGAGGUGACAGACACAUUCUUUUAUGAAUUUCGCAAACAGGGCAGCUCGGACGAAGCUCCUCCACCUCGCCCACCAAAGCGAAAUCUGUCAGCUUUGAAACCUUCCAAAAAGCCUAAAUCUUCAAAGAAAGCAGACAAAUCCAAACAUCGCACGGACAAAAGUGUUCCAACCAAGACUUUCAGUGAUUUGACUUUAAAUAACAAGAAAAGACCACCAGCCCCCCCACCCCCUGCUAACGCGGAUGACGAACCCUCACCGCCAAUCCUUCCCCGAAAGCCCUCCGGGGCUGACACAACCAGGGGCAAGGCUCUGCCGAACACUUACGUACGAAUUGAGGAGUCUAAGAAAAUAGCACCCCCGUGUGACAUUGAAGCUGAUGAGGACAGUGACCACGAUUAUGAAACUGUGGAUGAGAAUUUGGUGUCAAUGAUGAAGACAGCACAAGAGAAUGUUUUGUUCUAUUAAAAAAAAAAAAAAGGAUAGAGACAGAGAUAGAUUUGUGAGAACUGAAUGUAAUAAUAACAAAAGCUUUUUACGUCAAGUUAAGACCUGUGCAUGAAAUCAAAGAUGUUAAGACUCAUGAUAAAUAUCAUAAGUUAGACUUAUCUAAAAAGGAAAGCUUAAGCUUUAAAUUGCAAUCGUAUUAUCUUGUCUGUACAACUGUACUACUACAUGCCCUGCAUCAACUCAUGACACGGACGGUUUGCAGAAUUUAGUUAUUUUUUAUUUGGUUCCCUAACAACAAACUGCUUCACACAUAUACAACGAAGAGACAGUAUCUGGUGCUUCUCUGAUAGUUAGCAGAAUUUCCUCUGAGUCAUUACUUUGCCUUCCAAAAAUACUUCCCUCUUUCAUGCGGAGGGUUUCCUGGAUACAAACUUUGAUUGAACAAACUAUUCAUGGAGUUCAAACACUUUUUGUACAAGACUGUCAGUAAUGUAUUUAUUUGACCAUGUGGUGAAUCAUGGGGCUGUAGCUUGUAGUUCUGUAUACAAUGAGUAUAUUUAUGUUGUGCAAUACCAAGCAGUUUUUUUUUUACUGUGUAUGUUGUAUUCAGCCUUGGUAUAAAACAGUCAUAACAUCCUGCAGGAGGUAUUAGUCCAAGAUGACGCCACAAACUAUAGCCUAGAUCGAAAUGAUCAGAGUCGAAUCAGUCCACAUUUUAUUUAAGCUUCACAGAUGUAGCUAUAGGUUGCAUUUGAUGCAUGUCAAAUGCUUACCAUAUAUAGGGAAACUCUAAAGACUCAGUACAGUCUAAACCACAAACUAGUAUCACUGCAAUAGCUAUAGCUCUCCCUCAAACCACAUCAAACUAAUUUAUGUGCAAACAGCAACAUUAUCACAAAAGAAUGAGAAUUUUUUUGCAACUUCGUUGACUUGCAGGCCUUCCGAACUCAAACUAUUCAACUGUUCAAACUAUCGUGCCAGUUGUUUGUAGAUUACUGUGUUUAAUUUUGUACUGACGAAAUUACUCAUCAUAAAGUGUGACUUAUGAAUGCA